AUGGCUGAUGAGAAGAACCCACGAGAUACUGCCGUUUCCAGUGACGACGAUGCAGCUCAGCGUGAACUAGCUCUUGGCGAGAUACCGCUUUCCGAGCUCCCAAAGGGUCGCUGGGAUCGAUCAUGGCCGGUGAUCGCUUGCGGCGCCGGAUUGUUUAGCGAUGGCUACAUCAAUGGGGUCAUUGGCGGCGUGAACACGAUGCUUCGACUCAUCUACGGCGAAGCAUAUACGAACAACCACGUUCAGUCCAACGUCUCAUCCAUUGCUUUUGCGGGCACAGUGCUAGGGCACCUUGUUUUUGGAGUCCUGUCCGAUAGAUGGUCGCGCAAGAACUCGUUGCUAAUCUCAACAAUCGUCCUCAUCGUAUUCUCUAUUCUUUGCGCAGGGGCCUACGGAGCUGGUGGUAACAUCCAAGGCAUGUUCGCGGCGCUCCAAGCUUUCCGCUUCUUGAUCGGCAUCGGCAUCGGCGGUGAAUAUCCUGCCGGCAGCGUUGGUGCAGCCGAAUCCACUGGCGAGCUCAAGAAAGGCCAUCGUAACCGCUGGUUCGUGCUCUGCACUGACGCCCAGAUCGACCUUGGUUUCGUCGUUUCUGCCUUCGUUCCGAUGAUCGUUGUCCUUUGCACGGGACAAGACAAUCUACGUACAGCAUGGCGCAUUUGCAUUGGCCUCGGCGCCAUCCCGCCCCUCUCACUGCUCUAUCUCCGCUUCAAGCUCAAAGAACCCGAGCAGUACACCCGCCACAAGAUGACUUCUUAUCCCUGGAAAUUGAUCAUCAAAUUCUACUGGUUCCGCAAUACCGUCAUGUCCGUCAUCUGGUUCGUCUACAACUUCUCCGCAUACAGCUUCGGCAUCUUUGCCUCGUCGUGGCUCGUCUUCAUCCUCCCCAGUGAUGCACCACUAUGGCGCUCCUUCGGGUGGGCCUGCCUCACCAACUUCUUCUGGGUCCCGGGUGCGGUGCUGGGUGCGUUCCUGAGUGAUUGGAUUGGCGCAAAGAACACGUUGGUGCUCGGCGUGACGCUGCAAGGCAUUGUGGGCUUCGCCAUGACGGCCGCGUAUCCGCACUUGAACCAGCCGAGCCGGGUCGGUGGUUUCGUGGUCAUAUACGGCAUCUUUGCCGCGCUGGGCGAGGUAGGGCCCGGGGCGAAUAUCGGGUUGCUGAGCAGUAAGCUGGCUAGCACUCCCAUUCGAGGGCAUUUCUAUGGAGUGGCAGCGGCGUGGGGAAAGGUCGGAGCGUUCAUCGGGACGUGGCUAUUCCCGCUGAUCAUUGAUGCUGCUGGUGGGGACACCGUCAAGCAAGGCCAGUAUCCCUUCUGGGUGUCCAGUUCGCUAUGCAUUUUCAGUGCAAUUGUUGCAUGGUUUGGACUGCCGAAUGUUGGACAGGACAUGAUUGAGGAGGAGGAUGAACGCUUCAAGAAUUAUUUGCUUAGCGAAGGCUAUGAUGUGUCUAGCCUGGGUACAACUGAGUUCAAGGUGACGCGCGAGAGAACGAUGGAGCAUGGUCGAACUGAGCAUAAUGUUGCUGUGAAGUAA